CAGCACUCGGGUGAAGCCUUACAUGUGGAAGACCUCUCCCGGCCUCGGAGAGGUCUCCCAGAAGCGACAAUAAGCUCCGUUAUCUGCUCGAACGAUGGGGUUUUCUGUCUCGAGACUCGAGCAGCGUCUGUCCGUCCGUCAUCCCUUCUACGGUUUCACGUGACCGUUAUCGAUAAGGAAACGGCGUCGGUCACUCUGUCCCGCAUUUGGGGAGAUUCGCCCCUCUCUUCGACGACAACAGAGGCGGUUUCUACGGCAUUGCGACACGGAAGAUGACGGAACCAAGGGUCCUCCGAAAGGACCAGUUGGAGGUCAGCCUGCAUAAUGAGAAAAAAUUGAUUAAAGAGGGCGCCAUCAAGGAUGACAACCCGCUUGAUCUCAGCGACCCGUUUCGGGAACUGUGCAGCGCUUGUCGGAAAGGAGAUUUAAAAGUCUGCCAGGAGAAGAUCACCGAGGGUGUCAAUAUAAAUGCUCGUGAUCCUUUUGACUAUACGCCCUUGAUUCUGGCCAGUCUAUGUGGCCAUUUUGAGGUUGUGCAGCUUCUCCUUGAGUCCGGUGCACUGUGUGAGCGAGACACUUUCCAGGGCGAAAGAUGUCUGUACAACGCUCUCAAUGACCGUAUACGAAACCUUCUUCUCGAGUACGACUAUUCCAAAUCUACAGACCCCCUUCAGCCUCUGGCGGCUCAUGUCACGUCUUUGCUGACGCGGGAGCACCCUGUGACUUCCGACAUUGUCGUGACUGCAUCUGACGAGUCACUUUUUCUGCAUAAAUUCAUACUCGCGGCAAGGUCUCCAUAUUUCAAGAAGAAGCUGGCUUCGUCACCUGAUACAUGGAAGCUGCCCAGCACUAUCCCCCCCGAGGCCUUUGGUACUGCAAUUAAGUAUCUCUAUUUUGGAGAAGCCCCUCGUGAUUUAAGAAGCGGGCCAGGCACAGGAUUUACCGAGUCAGAAGUCUUUGCGGGAAUCGACAAGAUCUCCAAGCACCUUGAGAUCCACGGUCUUCUGGACAGUAUUCUGGAUAGCAGUGACCGGAGACUGGCUAGACAGCGACGAGCGGUGGAAGUUUCCAAGGGCCGAGACCAGCUCGAAGAAUGGUUUCGCGACAAUGUCAUCCGCAAUAAGAUGGUGGUCGAGACGUCCAAAGCCGAUGAGGUGAAGUGGGAUCGCAAUAAUGCAAUUUUUGCAGAUGUCCUACUGAGGGCAGACGAGCUGCCCGAAGAACCAGAAGAGACGGAGGAGAAUGUGGCCGCUAAUGGUGUCAGGGAGAGAUUGGAAAGUGGUUCUAUUCCAAUUGGACCCUCCUCGUCAUCCACUGGAGAGGGUACAAUGAAGAUCUCUAAGCCCAAAUCAACACUCUUCCCCUGCCAUCGGGCCAUGCUGUUGCGCUCCGAGUUCUUCCAUGCCAUGUUUUCAUCGGCAUUCCGCGAAGCCCAUGUGAAAGAAUAUUUGAACAUCAUACCUGUCGACUGUUCGCCCGAGGUGUUAGAAAUCGUCCUCACCUUCUUAUACACCGAAAAGGUGGACUUUCCUCUGGACAUCGCCGUGGACGUUCUCUUUGCGGCGGACAUGCUGUUCAUCGAGAAGCUGAAGACCAAGGCCGCCGUGGUUAUCAGCACUCUAGGCAGCGGGGAUAUGUCGCAGGCGGAAGCUGCGCGGACCCGCGGCACAGACGAGGAGGAGGAACUCGACAUCUACGCCAUCAUCCGGGCUGCGUGGCUGACCCGCGUGCAGCGGCUGGAGGAGUUCGGGGCGCGAUACCUGGCGUACCGCCUCGAGUCGCACAUCGACCUGCCCGAGUUUGCGGAACUGAUCCAGCAAUCGGCGGCACGGAUUCAGGGCCGCCAAGAAACCGACACCAUCGAACUGCUGGACGACAUCCGCUUCUACCUCAGCGAGCGGUAUCGUCUGCGCUUCGAGGACGCCGGGCUCGAAGAGAUGCUGGAGGAGGGGCCAGAAGCGAACCUGGCGCCUGAAACAGUCGAUCUGGGGUCUGAAGCAGUCGGCCAACUAGUCGAUGGUAUCGACGCCCUUGCAACGACCGACCCCGCACCAGUCAUCCGGACUCUGGACGGCGAAAUCGCCGGCGACGAGUUUGCGAGCGAUGCCAUCAACUACCAGAUCCUGCUCAAUAAGCUCGAUGAGCUUUUGGAAGACCUCGACCUUGAUGCCUAGAUAGAUAGAGUAUAUAUAUAUAUAUUUGGGAGAGACGUAGCAAGAACGUAGCUACAAACAAUAUCAUGGCAGCGUGAUUAUCUUCUAUAGCGCACUCCGUACAAUAUUCUAGUAUAGGACAAGUCAUCUAUAGAUUGGCGUAUAUAUUCGUGUACAAGUAGUAACUCCAAAUCCAAUCCAGCCCAAUCCAUUUCAACCUUG